CUCGGAUUGAGUGUGUUACUGAGGCUCGAGUUCUCUGUUUUCUCGCUCUUCUCUUUUCUCUGUAAAUGGCGCAAUGAUGUAGAUAAGGAGAACAUUUGAGACUCUCCAUGACAUGCGCUACCGGCCUCCGUCCCCGCGGGAUUCGGCGUGAAGACUGAGGCGUGAACGUCCGAAAGAAGAGGAGGAUGUGGCAGAGUGUUGGUUUGACCGUGUUGGUGAUCGUGGCCACGCUGAUAUGUGUCCUCCUCUUCAUGCUCUUCGGGUGGUAUGUGGUGUGGCAGCUCUUCCUGUCUAAGUUUAAGUUCCUGCGGGAGUUGGUGGGAGACACCGGUUCUCCACAGGCUGAAACCGAGCCCUCCGAGUCCGAGAGUGAACGCAGCUCGCCCCCGACGCCCCGCCACAGACCCAAAAGCGCUCGCCAAAGGAUCGUCCCUCCUGACAGCACUACAUAGAGCCCUGAGCCAGAUCUCCUCCAGUUCACCGCCAUAAGCGUUAUGCUGUUUUAGGCUGGACGUGAGGUCAUUUGUGUCCCGGACCUGCAUCAGUCACUGUGCUCUCCUUCACAUCCACUCAUGGUUACACUCGUUCACAGUCGGUCUGAAGACACGGUUUUUUGUAUGUACCGGCUGAGCCACACGUUCAUGUCCCGACUAACACGCUGCUGCCCUCCACUCCGGAUGUAUAGUAUAUUUACGUGAGAGCGUAUUGAUAUGUAUUUGUUACUGUUUAACCAAUCUGUUAAUGACUCAAGCUCACAAAAAAAAAAAAGCUGAUGACCAAACGUCCAGUGUUUCUGUGAGCUAACAGCACUACUAUUCACAAUGUAUGGAAGCUGUUUCCGCCACAGAAUAAAAAAAAA